GACAUGUUUCGAAAAGUAGCUAAAAGUUCCUUAGGUUUCUCCGAUCCAUACAUUUCCGCGAAGAUGGACUAUCAUUCCUUUCUAGCCGGAAUUCCUCCAAAGCCUGUCUCUCCGGCUGCAUAAUCAGAACCUUCGAGGAGUCCCACUUAACCACAAUGGCAGCACCCGAGGCUGAAGUGCAGUUAUACGAUGAACCCCCUGGUGGAUUCAAGAAACGUCGAACACCAGGUGCUUGCGAUGCGUGUAAACAGGUAUGCGACAGCGCCAAAAUGCCCGGAAAUAUCUGUUCGAAUUGUAAAGCUUUCAACUCUGAAUGUACUCAUAGCUCCUCAAGCAAGAAAAAAACGGCUUUUGUCAACAUUACCGCAGCACCACCAGAACUUACCCAGCUGAAUCAACCCAAUAUCUCAAACGCGACGAACAAUUUCACAUUUGCUAGAAACCAAAUAUCUACCAUUCUAGAUGCCCCUUCAUAUCAAGUGCCGGUGAAUGACAACACCUUCCUCCAUCGUACGCUCACGGAAAUAGCGGCAUAUGCGCGCUCAUUGGAGAAAGCCUUGUCGCAAGCUGGCCCACGCACGAGUAGUUCUCGUACUACUCCAGAGCUUCUACCAAAUCCUUCUCCACAUUCAAGUCCUUCUUCAAAUCCUUAUGUUAACUCGACGUCACUCUAUCCUACUGAUCCAACAGCUUUAUACUCCGAGCCAGUAUACCGAACCUCCACCGACAAUACAGAUGCGACGCCACUUGAAGACAACCUUGCUGACGGUAUCAAAAACAUUGAGCUCAAGGAAAGCGUCCACAGUUUUUUCGGAAAUUCGAGCCAGUUGGCGCUGAUGAAGACAGUGUUAAAGAUCAAGGAGGAAUAUGACGAUGAUAAUGUUGGUCUGCGCAGUGCUGAGAAAGGGCCAGCCAAUGCCCAAAGAACGAGUGUGGAUGUAGACUCCAAUGGAAACAUUGUUAUGCAAUUAGCGGAUGUGCAGGAAACACACUUUGAAGGAAAGAAGAGAGCAGCAUUCUGGAAUAUUUAUCCUUGGCAAUGCCCUCCACCGCAACCGCCUUCGCCCAAACUAAGUUUCCCACCGCAUAGUUUACUCAUGUCUCUUAUAGACCUCUUCUUCGUACACCGAAACCCCCUCUUUCCUCUUCUUCAUCGUCCAACAUUUCAACGAGAUCUUGAUUCUUUCCUACAUGAACGUGAUCGGAGUUUUGGCGAACUGGUGUUGUCGGUGUGUGCAUUGGGCGCUAGAUUUUCGUCUGAUGAGAGGAUCUUUGACGAUGAUGCACCCAUGAACUCGGAGGAAAGGGGACAUAGUGCUGGGUGGAAGUACAUCAAUCAAAUAGACAUACUUCAAAUGCAAGAGACGAACCCAUCGAAUGCGCUGUAUAAGGUUCAAACUAUCUGUAGCUUGGUCGUCUUUCUGUCGUCGACCUCAUCCCCGGGCCCAAUCUGGAUUCUGCUUAGUAUUGGUGUGCGGCAUGCUCAAGCUGUUGGUGCACACCGACGGACCUUUCUUGGCACUAAGCCCAGUGUCCAACAGGAAUUGUGGAAGAGGGCGUAUUGGGCACUCAUCAAUCUUGAUUCGUUCACGAGUAUAUUUUUGGGACGACCAAAAGCUACCGAUCCGGCCGAAUACGACCUCGACUUACCCAUUGAAUGCGACGAGGAGUUUUGGGAGCAUCCGGACCCAGAGCAAGCGUUCAAACAGCCUCUGGGGCAGACGUCUUUGUCAGCGUAUUGGAGAACAUUUUUGAAGUUGAUAGACAUUCUCGCGUUCGCUCAGAAGAACAUCUACGCAGUGAAGAAGCCUCCGGAAGUUUGGGGCUCAUCCGACCUCUGGGGGUCGUCAUGGGAUGCACGGGUGGUUUCUGAGUUGGACUCCGCAUUGAACCAAUGGGUAGACAAUAUUCCUGAUCAUCUACGGUGGGAUCCCCACAUGCAAAAUUUGGUUUUCUUUGAACAAUCGUGUGCACUGUACUGCACGUACUAUUUUGUGCAAAUUCAUGUUCACAGACCUUUUAUUCGCCCAGAGAGACCUCUAACUUCAAUUGAACAACGGCGACACUACUCCGGAAUGUCGUAUUCCUCGUUGGGGGUGUGCGCCAAUGCUGCUCGCUCGUGUUUGCAUGUAUUGGACUUGCAUUCUAAAAGGAAGAACUUCCACUCCCCUCAGUAUCUCUCGGCGUCGUCGUCCGUAACAUCUGAACCUCGCUCGAUUCCGACUCAAAUGUCAAACUCAGCAGUGAUCCUGUUUAAUUCCGCUAUCAUGAUUCUUCUAAAUCUCUGGAGUGGCAAGCGCUUGGGAUUAGCAACAGAUAUGAAAAGGGAGAUGGAAGACGUGCAGUUGAGUGUGAGGAUCUUGAAGGGCUACGAGAAGAGAUAUCAGAACGCUGGAAGGAUGUGCGAUAUAAUCAACGAGCUCAUAUCCGUGAUGGGGCCGUCUAAUGCCGGCUCCCCAUCUCGUAAACACGACCGGGACGAAGACAGAGAGAAAUAUAGGGAUCGCGUGCAGAAACCCAGGACACACAACGUAGACGGCGCCACUACUGAUGCUUAUGGCUUUCAUCCCCACUAUAAUUCCAACAUAUCCAACUACGAAUCGCAAUCCUCUCUUUUCCACGAGCAGCUUCAGAGUGCACAAGUUCAAUACCCCGAGUCGAACAGUAGCACCGUUUUCUCCUCCGCUCUGCCGUCAUCUUCAUGCUCGUCGCAGCAUCAUUCCUCUUCGUACCUCGAGAUACCUUCUUCAUCUUCCACACGAACUGCGGAAUCUUUCAAUCAAGCUAUGGCGAUUGAGAGUAUGAUGGAAUUACCACUUCAUACAGAGGAUCUAGGGAGGCUUCCUGUGCUUUUAGGCAGUGAUCAUCAUUGGGAUGAUCAGUCGAUCAACUCCCCAGACAUCAACACUUAUGCUGGACCGGCCCAGGAUUCACGUUUGGGACUCACGAAUGAGCUCAAUGUAAAUUCUGCCUAUUGCUUUGCAUAUGCGGAUUUGGAUUCUGCUACGGGCGGCGCGACUCUAAAUUCAAGUGCAUCCUCUGUCGUGCCUCCUGAAGCUUGGGACUUUGGUGAGACUGCCGGAUACCAAGAUCACACUGUUCUUGCAGGAUUCGUUGAUGGUAAUCCGCCAACGCAGAACCAACGUUUUGAGGAUCAAAAUGUCAAAGCCCUUCCUGCCCAAAAUCCAUUUACAAACAUGUUCAAUGCGACACCCGCGAGAGAUGGAUGGUUUGACUGGGGAAUGUAUCUGUCUAAUGUCGACGAUUUACUUCGUUCUGCUGGCCCUGGCCAGUAAUUAUAUGAUUCAAGGAUAGGAUAGGACAGGAUAGUUGAAUUAUACUGGCGAACAAACAACCUCCAAAACAGGGUAAUCAUCGACUACACUGAUCAAACUUCCUUUGAAUAGGGCAAACAACCGGUAGGUAGAAUUUUGCGUUCUGUUGGUGCGUUCUGCGUUCACGUUCGCGUUUCGUGCGUUCAUAUGCAUUCAUAUAAUUAUUAUAUUAUGUACAAUAAUAUGAUUUUGAGUGUUC